AUGGCCCGCCCAAAGCGAUUCGAAGAGUUUGAGGAGAAGACUGUCAAGGACUACGAUCCUGAAGCCGACUCGGCUGGCGAGAACGACCUGAGCGGCAGCGGCAGCGAAGAUGAGGGCGCAGAUCUUGCCGGCACCGAACACUACCUCAACGUUGGCAAGAGCAAGCUCCGCCAGAAGGAAAAUAUCUCUCUCGGCCCCCAGUACCGUGGCUCCCGCGUCAGCCGUCAGGCCCUUGAGGAAAGCGACGAAGGCAGCGAAGACUUUGAGGAUGCACAGGAAGACUUCGACUCUGACGCUGAGGAGUACGACGACCCCGAGACGGCUGAUUUAGCCGUUGAUCAGGCCCGGGCUGAAGAGGAUGCCGAGAUCAGUAGCGACGAUGCGCUCGGUGACAGCGACGAUGAAAAGCUCGACAAGUUUGUCUUCCGAGGCAGCUCGAAACCUCAUGAGGGCAAGAAUAAGAAAGACAGGAAGAAGAGGCCGACAGCGGCGGACUUCAUCUCCGGCUCCGAAGACGAGGAAGGCGACGAACAAGAUGACGACAGCGACGGCUCCGGCGGUGUCGACCUUAUGGACGUCGAGGCCGAGGAGGAGUCUGGCGAGUCAGGCAGCGGCGACGAGGACGAGGACGACGAAGACGAAGAGGGCGACUCUGACCUCGACGGCUUUAUCAACGACGAUUCAGACCCCGAAGACGAGGACGAAGAGGAUGAGGAUGCCUCGGGCUCAGAAGACGAUGACGAAGACGAAGACGACGAGGCCCCGAAACUGAAAAAGUCAUCCCGCGCCGCCGAUGCCCGUGCCGAGCAGCGCAAGCUCAUGAACGAAGGGCAAAAGGCCCUCGUCGCCACCAUUUCGGCCGCCGUCCAACAAGACGCCGCAAAGGGCCUCGCCGUUCGCCAGCAGCGCAAGACUUUUGACGGCCUGCUCAACAUCCGCAUCCGCCUGCAGAAAGCCCUUGUCGCGACCAACUCCUUUUCCGCUUUCGAUGCCGUCGGCGACGACGAGGCGGAGCCGUACUCGGCCGCCGAGGAAGCCGCGCUCAAGCUCCUCGGCACACUUGAUAGCGUCCGCGCCACGCUCGUCCCCAGCGCCUCGGCAUCCUCGUCGUCUUCGACGCCCGACAAGAAGCGCAAGCGCGACACCUCGACUGAGGCGCUCUGGGCUGCUCUCCAGGAAACCGAUGCCCGCGCCGCCAAGCACCGACGCAAGGUCCUCGACACGUGGUCCUCCAAGACGCGCAACGCGACCGUCGAGGUCAAGUCCCGUAACCUCAUCUCAUCGCAGCAGUCACUCGUCGCGUCCCUCGAGGACCAGCUCCUCAACUCGGACCGCCUGAUCAAGCGCGCGCGCACACCACGCUCGUGCGCCCCCGUCCAGGUCGCCGCCAAAGUCAACGAGGACGCCUCGGUGUACGACGACGCGGACUUUUACCAGCUCCUGCUCAAGGAGCUCGUGGAGCAGAGGACAUCCGACGAGACGGCCGCGCAGGCGAGCGGCGGCGCGCUGGCGACGGUCAGGUGGGCUGCCAUGAAGGAGGCGAGGACGAAGAAGCACGUGGACAGGCGUGCGAGCAAGGGGAGGAAGAUGCGGUUCAACAUCCACGAGAAGCUGCAAAACUUUAUGGCGCCAGAGGAUCGACGGACGUGGGAGCAAGAAGCCAUCGACCGGCUGUUCGGCACCCUGUUUGGACAGAGGAUGGUGCUGGCCGAAGCCGAGGGUGGUGAUGAGGAGAUGGAAGAUGGCAAUGCGGAGGAGGAAGGGCUCAGGUUGUUCAGGAGCUAG